ACAACAUAACAAACAUUAAUCGUCCACCAUUUCAUCAUUUUCAGAUAUAUUUUACAAAUCUUUCUUAGAACCUAGAAAUGGCCACCAGAUUGAACAUGUUGCCAGAAGACUGUAUUUCCACUGUUUUAUCUCUAACCUCUCCACCAGACGCAUCUAGAUUUAUGCUUGUAUCUUCUUCGUUACGGUCCGCUGCUGAAUCCGACAUCGUUUGGGACAGAUUCUUGCGGUCGGAUCUACCUCGUAUUCUCUCUAGAUCACACACUCAACUCAAUGUUUCUUCUAAGAAAGAACUGUAUUUCCAGCUAUGUGAUUCUAUUCUCAUGGAUGGUGGAAUUAGGAGCUUUUCAUUAGACAAGGUAAGUGGUAGAAAAUGUUGGAUUCUAUCGGCAAGAGCACUUUCUAUAUCUUCAAGCAACGAACCAAAUCAUUGGACUUGGACUGCCAAUUCUACCUCAAGAUUUUCUGAGGUAAUUGAGUUAAAAACAAUAACCAACAUGGAAAUUGAAGGAAGGAUACAGACUGAAGAUUUAUCUAGAAACUCAACAUACUGUGCUUAUCUUAUAGUUAAGGUUUCUGAUCAAUCAUUCGGUCUGGACUCUAUUCCAUGUGAGACAACCAUCUCAAGCAGUACAUGUUCGGUUACCAGCAUAGCCUAUUUAUGCCCUCUAGAUGAGAAAAAACAACAGAUAGAAUCACUGUUUUUCAUGAACCGGAGACGAAUGAUGGAGAAACGGGUAGUGGAAGGAGAAUGCCGACGACCGAGCAAGAGAGGAGAUGGAUGGAUGGAAAUCGAACUUGGAGAAUUCUUUGUUGGAGAAAAAAGUGAAGGGUUGAAAAUGAGUUUAAUGGAAGUGAAGGGUCAACAACUAAAAGGAGGACUAAUCAUUCAAGGAAUUGAAGUUAGGCCUAAAUGUGAACAACUAUAAGACCAACCAAGACCAUUCAUAUUCGUUUAUAGUACCUAAAAUAAUUUCGUUACUUAUAGAAAUCAGAUUGAAACUAGUAAUUCUUUAUUCUUUGUUAUAAGUAGUUAUUGUCUUAUGAAAGGGCAAGGAAUAUACUAUACCGCAUGUUUCUGUUGAUCA